AUGGAUCAUCCGCGCCAAGACCCCUCUACCUUCUUCUCUACCGAUCAGCCACGUCCCAAACACUUACCGCCACACCGUAAUUGGAGAGAUCGACAUUCUCUGAGGUUGUUUGUGACGAAUCUACCUUCAGGCGUAACGACGCGAGACAUCUACCACAACUUUGAGAAGCAUGGCACUCUUGUGCGGAUAUCGAUCUCCGAAACAAGACAGGGCGAACGGUCAUCCGAGGCAGAAGUUGACUUUGAGCCCGUUCCAGACACCGACUUCUGGAGAGGGAACAUUCUUACUUUUAAAAUAAGUGGACGUGUGGAACGUGUCAGAGCAAUACUAGCCAAGUAUCAGCCCGAGAGAUUCAAAAUUCAGAGUCCUGUCAAUCAAAACGUCACAUAUCCGGAGAGAAUUGAGGUAAAUGGUGAAGCUCUCGACUUUGGCUUCCUUUCAAAGCCAGACAGCAUGACGAUCAUGGCUACCACUGGCCCAUCCAAGCUGAAACUCAACCUUAGGAAGAAGGAGCUCGAAGUCCACUUCAGCUUCCUUCAGAUUUCCUCCACCCAAAAGACCCGUGACUUUCGUUUUCAGAUUGCAUUAGACGAUGAGUUUAGCAUUUGGCAAACUGCCAAGAACAGCUUCGUUAUGCACCUGCCCAAGGCACCUUGGUACACCAAAAUGCUCAACGAAUCAAAGUUGAACUCGCAUAGUAAAGACGGCCGUGUGUGGUCAAUAGACGACUUGUGGGCGCGCCAGACCGACCUCUGCACCGAAAUCGCAACCUACAGACAGCUGGAACGGACACCUGUUGGCCUGCCAAAAGUACUGAACACUAUCAAUAUAUUCAAGUGGACUACAUUCCGUUUCCACGUUCGUCCUGGGGUCGACAAUGAACGUGAAACAUCUCAAUUCCUCGUGGCAUUGAAGGAUUGGAACGUACAAGUUCAUCGCAAUCAGAGCUUGCAGUUUACUCAAGGUUCGCCAACUCUCGAAACUGACACAUGGACGUUGAUCAAUGGAAACACCAGCAACGAUGCCUCACUCUCCUCAUUUGACCAGGACUUCUCUCGCAUUCAUCUGCCGUUCGAGGUGAGAUAUCAGCUUGAGGUUUGCAUGUCUCAUGGUUACCUAAGCGAGUACUCAAUUACGCCAUCUUUCCUCGAAAAGCUCGCUCAGUGGCCGCAAGCGAAAGCAAAGUCAGCCUUGGUCUAUGUAGCGACCCAAGGCAAGAGACUGUACGAUCCGAAUGCGAUAUUUACUGAACUUGAGUACGCAAAACCUGUACGACCCAAACAGCUUCCUGAUCACUGCAUCGAAGUAUAUUCAGCGACAGUCACAGCAACCGGAAUUCUCUUCAACACACCCUCAAUCGAAAUCACCAAUCGCAUUAUUCGGAAGUACAAGUCGCAGUCUCAUAGAUUCUUGAGAGUCCGUUUCGAAGACGACGACUAUCGAGGCCAGACGAGACUCUUUCCAUCUGACAACAAUCGUAUGAUAACAAUCUUCAAUCGAGUUAAACGGGCGUUGACUUUAGGUAUCAAGUUAGGCGACAUAACCUAUGAGUUCUUAGCUUGGGGCAAUUCUCAACUCCGGGAGCAUGGCGUCUACAUGGUCGCGCCGAUAGGUGAUAUGACUGCGGACAAAAUUCGUGCAGAGAUGGGCUCUUUCAACGAGACUGUCGUUGCUAAGAAAGCUGCUCGUAUGGGUCAAUGCUUCAGUACCACGAAAGCUGUAAAACUCGGACGAAUGCCGAUGAUUAAUGAGCAGUCACUGAUUCCGGACAUCAAGAGAGGAAGGUUUAUGUUCACAGAUGGUGUAGGCAAGAUGUCCCCACUUGCAGCCAGCCUUGUCAGCAACCAACUCGGUAUCAAAGGCGAGCCCCCAUGCCUAUUUCAAUUUCGGUUGGGAGGCUGCAAGGGCGUUCUGGCUGUGUCUAAGGACGUUCCUGCAAUUGGCAUUGAGAUUCGAGAAUCUCAAUUCAAGUUCAACUCUCUUGUUGGUGAGCUCGAGAUAAUCCGGUGGGCAGAGUUCUGGCAACCAUACCUCAACCGCCAGAUUAUCCUCUGCUUGGGAUUUCUCGGUGUCCCCACCAAGGUGUUCUUACGCAUGCAAGAUGAGACUGUUCUGGCUCUGAACAAUGCUCUCCAAGAUGACGGAGCAGCCAUGAAAGCACUGAGAAGCAAUGUCGACCCAAACAUGAUGACGUUGAGCAUUUGCGAGCUAGUAGAUGCUGGUUUUCGAACCGCCCACGAGCCUUUUGUCAUUGCAUUGCUCAGGCUGUGGCGUGCUUGGUCUUUGAAGCACCUCAAGGAGAAAGCAAAAAUCCCAGUUCAGAAGGGCGCUUUCGUACUUGGUUGUGUCGAUGAGACGGCUACCUUGAGAGGUCAUACAAAAAACUGCCCAACUGGAAGCAAGAACAGAAUUAUCGAGGACCCUUCGUAUCUUGACAAGCUUCCACAGAUCUUUAUCCAAAUCACGGACGUGGCUACGGGCAAGCUCGAUGUCAUUACAGGCGUAUGUAUAUUAGCUCGGAAUCCAUCGCUGCACCCAGGUGAUAUCAGAGUUGUUCAAGCUGUGGAUGUGCUGGAGCUGAGACACAUGCGUGAUGUUGUGGUCAUGCCUCAGACAGGCGACCGAGAUCUACCAAGCAUGUGCUCGGGAGGUGAUUUGGACGGCGACGACUAUAUCGUGAUCUGGGAUCCUGAGCUGAUACCUGAGGUGUGGAACGUCGAACCUUUCCACUACGAACCACCACCACCAAAGACUGUUACAAGUGCCAUCACAACGACUCAUUUGAUCGAAUUCUUCCUCAACUACCUCCGCCACGACAACUUGGGCAAGAUAGCGCAUGCACAUUUAGGAGCUGCUGAUAGGCUAGACGACGGCCUUAAGAGCGACAUAUGUCUCGAUCUUUGCGCUCUACACUCUAAAGCUGUGGAUUAUCCUAAAACUGGAGUUCCUGCGGAGAUGGAUCGCCGCCUACAAAGGUUUGAGUGGCCACAUUUCAUGGAGAAGAAGGGCAGAAGGCAAUAUCACUCGAACAAAGUCUUAGGCAAGCUCUAUGACUCGGUCAAGACGGCCGAGUUUAACCCUGACUACAGCUUGCAGUUCGAUAGGCGGAUUCUUACUGCUUGGGAGCCAUCGAAAGACUUGUGCGACAAGGUUCAAAGCAUAAAGAUUGAUUAUGACAAUUCGCUGCGGCGAAUCUUGAACCAACAUGGUAUCGCGACUGAAUUCGAGCUCUGGAGCACGUUCGUGCUGACACACAGUAAAGCCUCCCGAGACUACAAAUUUCACGAAGAAGUUGGCAACCUAUCGAGGGUGCUUAAAGAGGAGUAUUACAGUGCUUUGUGCGACCUCGCUGGGGGCAAAGAUUUCGAUCGCCUUGCACCAGUGGCCGUUGCAGCGUACAAGGUGACUCAUUGUCAACUUGAGUUUGCUGAAGAGAAGGCCAAUGCCGCAGAAACUGACCACGAUCGUGUUUCAACAAUGCCGUUCAUCAGUUUUCCGUGGGUGCUUCAAGGGACUCUUAUAAAAAUCGCUCAGCAGUCCGACGAUUCGAGCCCAUUCAGGACGACAGUUGUUGUUAAAGAUGGUGAAAUUACUGAACGGAAUAUUGGGUUGACAAUUGACUCCAACGGCGACGGCAGCAUCGACGUACCUGAUAUUGCUGACCUAAACCUCAAGACGAGCAAGCUGUCAAGAUAUCUGCCUGAUCCUCUCUUGACCAAUACGUCGAUAACAGUCGGAGCUGAGAUUGUGGGUGAUGGCAAGGCCGAGCAGCCUGUAAGCUCGUCUACUGAUAUCACGCCGAUUACCGAAAGUGCUCCUGAUACUCCAUGUACAGAUGUUGAAAUUUCAACGGAAUAUGUGGCUUCAUGCAAAGAUUCAUUAUUUCAAGAAAAUGCUGCACUGUCUGCACCAGAGCAGCACAACUCCCAAUCGCAUGAUAAUUCUGCAAACUUAGGUUUUGAGACCUUUUCUCAAGUCCCUGUAACAACACCGAAAGGUCACCUUGAACAUAGCCAUCCCCUCCAAGGCAUUACUUCUGAGCCUUCAUCUAGCCAACUAUUUCCCGAAGUGGUCAAUACUGAGGCCUUGCACAAGGGAGUCUCCGUCAACGAAAGUGAGCAAUUGCGACCCCUUAGUCAGGAGCAGGAUUCAGCGCCAAGUGGUCGAACAGAUACGCAACAUUCGAAGCUUGACAGCACUGCUCGGUCAAUAUCCGCAAGUCCUCGCAAACAGCUGCUAACGUGCUGGUUUUGGAAGCAUGGAGGUAUCUGCCCUCUACCACCAAUGGAUUCGAACCGAACUUCUCCCUCUAAGGGACGGAGGACUCCACGAAUAACGAGGGCAGUUCUAGAGGACUCAGACAGCGAUAACGCAACACAGACACAGACAGGAAGGUCGCAGCGAGGCAGUCCUAGUAAGAGAGGGCCAGGUGAUGCGUUCGAUGGCGACGACGAGAGAGUCCCCAGCGCGACUGGUAAUACAGCUCUUUACAAGUCUCGAGUCUCAAGUCCAGAUCAAGCAGUCACCACAACACCAUGGUUGAAUCGAGGCAGCUUAGCUGGGACCAAGGAGCCUCUCCCACACUCAAUUACCUCGAUGCCGAUGCAACCCCGAAGAUUAAGCGCCAAAGCCUCUGAGUUCUACCCUCAGGGUGUGAAUGCAGCUAAGGGUGGCACGGUAACGAUGCAUGAUCGACCAGGAAAGGAUGCGGAGAGCAUGAAUGGCACGUCCGUGCAACCACCAACAAGAGGAAGACCAGAUUUGGACACGACUGUGUCAGGUACAGGUACUAGUACCGCUGUCAGAAGUGCCGAUGACCUAUUGGACCUUGAACAAGUUCCUAUUACGAAGCAUACACAAGGCAACAUUAACGUGCUCAAAGAUCCUGCACUUCUUGUUGAAGGAGAAGUCGGCUUGGAAAUCGACGAGCUAUCAGAUUGA